AUGGAGUACUGGUCAUCACGUUUGAUGUUUCUCAUUACCCUUGUACUCCUCCUUUCUCAAUCUUUAAUCGACUCAUCGACUCCUUCACCUUCUAAUAAUUUGUUGUGUCAUCCUGCCGAGAGCUCUGCUCUGCUCCAAUUCAGCAACUCCUUUAUCAUCAAUCCAAGCAUGUUCGACUUUGUAAUGAAGCCCAAGACAGUCUCUUGGAAGAAUGGCACAGAUUGUUGUUCAUGGGAUGGAGUGUCAUGUGAUCAUAUUUCAGGUCAUGUAAUUGGCCUCAACCUCAGUUCUAGCGGUCUUCAAGGCCCUCUUCACUCCAACAGCACCCUUUUCUCACUUCCCCAUCUCCAAACUUUAAUCCUUGACCACAAUAAUUUCUCUUGCUCUCCAAUUCCUCCUGAAAUUGGCAGUUUUCCCAACAUGAAAACGCUUAGUCUCUUUUUUGCCAACUUUUCUGGUUAUGUCCCUGAAGAAAUUUCUCACCUCUCUAAACUUUCUUAUCUUACCAUUUGUGGUAAUUUCGAUGAUAGUCAUCUUUUGAUGGGGCCAUUUGUCUUGAAAAAAAUGCUUCAAAACUUCACCAAUCUCAUGGAACUUAUUAUGAUUAACAUCGACAUGUCUGGUGUUGAACUAGUUAGUUCUUUCAUGAAUGUGUCUUCUUCCUUGACGACUCUUGAUCUUAGUUGGUGUGGAUUGCGAGGGAAAUUCCCAGAAUAUGUCUUUCGCUUACCAAAUCUUCAGGAGCUGGCAUUGGGAACCAAUCCAUAUUCACCUUUUAGUGGUAAUCUUACUGGUUCUCUGCCUAUGUUUAAUUGGAGUAGUCCACUCAGUUUUAAAGGAUCAUCAAACAAUGCAAUGUUGACUAACCUCACUCAAUUAGUGGAACUCAUUUCCUUAUGCAUCGAUAGCAACAAUCUUGGAGGUCAAAUCCCAUUGUUUUUUCUCAAUCUUCAGCAGUUGGCCUUUUUGGAUCUUUCUCGCAACAAUUUUGCUGGUAAGAUUCCUGAAUUUCCAAAAGCAAAUUCCUCACAAAGCCCACUACAAUUGAACUUAAGGGCCCUCUCCAUAUUUGAUAACUUGCUUAGUGAAUCAAUACCUUCCUGGAUUCCAAACUCAAUAUUUCAACAGAAAAACCUACUACACCUAGAUCUCUCACACAAUAAUUUGGAUGGUGUUUUAGAGUUAAACAAGUUUUCAAUGUUGAAAAAUCUUCAGAGUCUUGACCUUUCUUUUAACAAUUUCACCGUCUCCACACAUAAAUACACCAACAAUGAUUCAUUUCCUCAACUUUCUGAUUUGGGUUUGGCUUCAUGCAACAUUAGAGAAUUUCCAUAUUUUCUGAAAAACAUGAAAAGCUUACAAACACUACAACUUUCCCAGAAUCAAAUUCAGGGUAGGAUUCCUGAAUGGCUGUGGAACGAGGGAACAUGUUCGUUGUCUAGAUUGAACAUUUCUCACAACUUCUUAACAAGUGUACAGAAAAUUCCAUGUAAAAGCCUAGACACUGUAGAUCUUCGCUCUAACAUGAUUCAAGGGCCUCUUCCUACUGUUCCACCUUCAGUGACUAUUUUUUUCAUCUCAAACAAUGCUCUAUCUGGAUAG